CAAUUCGGCUGCAUCCCUCCCAGAGAAAAAUCCCCAAUUCCUUCGUCCUCCUCCUCGCGAGACGCGCACAGCAGAGCCGAGAGGGAGAAGAUGUCCGGGCGCGGCAAGGGCGGCAAGGGGCUGGGCAAGGGUGGGGCGAAGCGCCACCGGAAGGUGCUGCGGGACAACAUCCAGGGGAUCACCAAGCCGGCGAUCCGGCGGCUGGCGCGGAGGGGCGGCGUGAAGCGCAUCUCCGGGCUCAUCUAUGAGGAGACCCGUGGCGUGCUCAAGAUCUUCCUCGAGAACGUCAUCCGCGACGCCGUCACCUACACCGAGCACGCGCGCCGCAAGACCGUCACGGCCAUGGACGUCGUGUACGCGCUCAAGCGCCAGGGCCGCACCCUGUACGGCUUCGGCGGUUAGGGGAUGGCUAGCUUGGCUUCAGUGUGUCUAUCAGGUCGCCGCUCUGCGAAUGCUCGUGCUUGUGGUUUAAUUUAAAAUGCUUGUUAUGAGAAAAUGCUACCUGGAUUUGUUUCUCUGUUCAA